AUGACUAGAACAGAGUAUACUAGUGUGAAAGAGACUUCCAACAUUACAGAGUUGAAAACUACAACCACGCCAGAAACUACCACUACUUUAUCACCUUCCAGUAUGACAGAGACUACUCCUUUAACAGAGACUAACACGUUGACACAGUCUACACCAAAAACAGAGCUUACUUCAAUGAUACAGCCUACCACUAGUACUAUUGCCGAGUCAACCACUAUGCCAGAGUCUACCAAUAUACCAGACGCUUCUACUGUACCAGAGAUUACUAAUGUGGCGGAUACUACUGAGUAUACCACUAUGCUAGAGUCUACCAAUAUACCAGAGUCAACCACUAUACCGGAGACUACUAAUGUGGCGGAUACUACUGAGUAUACCAAUAUGCCAGAGUCUACCAAUAUACCAGAGUCAACCACUAUACCGGAGACUACUAAUGUGGCGGAUACUACUGAGUAUACCAAUAUGCUAGAGUCUACCAAUAUACCAGAGUCAACCACUAUACCAGAGAUUACUAAUGUGGCGGAUACUACUGAGUAUACCAAUAUGCUAGAGUCUACCAAUAUACCAGAGUCAACCACUAUACCAGAGAUUACUAAUGUGGCGGAUACUACUGAGUAUACCACUAUGCCAGAGUCUACCAAUAUACCAGAGUCAACCACUACACCGGAGACUACUAAUGUGGCGGAUACUACUGAGUAUACCACUAUGCUAGAGUCUACCAAUAUACCAGAGUCAACCACUAUACCAGAGAUUACUAAUGUGGCGGAUACUACUGAGUAUACCACUAUGCCAGAGUCUACCAAUAUACCAGAGUCAACCACUACACCGGAGACUACUAAUGUGGCGGAUACUACUGAGUAUACCAAUAUGCCAGAGUCUACCAAUAUACCAGAGUCAACCACUAUACCGGAGACCACUAAUGUGGCGGAUACUACUGAGUAUACCAAUAUGCCAGAGUCUACCACUAUACCAGAGACAACCACUAUACCAAAGACUACCACCAUGACAGAGGCUUAUACUAUACCAGAGACUACUAAUGUGGCGGAUACUAUUGAGUAUACCACUAUGCCAAAGUCUACCAAUAUACCAGAGACAACCACUGUGCCAGAGACUACAACUUUUUCAGAGCCCACCACUUUAACAGAUCCUACCACUGUGACCGAUCCUAACACAGAGCACACUAUUAUGGCACUGUCUACCACUAUUUCAGACACUACUUCAAUGCCACCCACAACCACUAUAAUUGAGCCUGUCAUUGUAUCAAAGUUUACUGCUUCUGCACAAUAUACCACUUUGCCAGGCACAUUCAUUACGGCAAAGACUACCAUUAUGACAAAGCUUUUCACGGUGCAAGAUUGUUCCACCGUGACACAUUAUUCUACCAGAUCAUCGUCUUUGAUAACCAAUGCAAGUAAUGACAUGAAACACAUCGCAGUUGUUUUAAUCGCUAUAGGGGGACGACAUAGAAGACAAAGACAACGAAUUCAAACCAGUACUUUGAAGCAGGGUAUUAUCAUAACACAGCCGCCUACCACUAUUCUAGACACAACCGCCAGGUCAGAAACUACCACAAUUAUAACAGAGUCGACUUCUAUGGCACAAUCUACCACUAAUAUGCCAGGAUCUACCACUAUGUUAGAGAAAACCACUAUGCCCGAAUCCACUAUGCCAGAAUUUUUCACUAUACCAGAAUCCACCACUAUGUCAGAGAAAACCACUUUACCAGAAUCUACCACUAUGCCAGAAUCCACUAACAUAUCAGAGUCUACCACAAUGCUAGAAUCAACCAAUUUGCCUGAGACGAGCACUUUAGCAGAGGCUACCACUAAGACAGAGUCCACUAAUAUGCCAGAGAAUCAAAGCUUAGAGACAAAUAACUAA